CUGCCCUGCGCCAGCGCACUGAGACAAAAGGGCGGGACCUGAGGUCUCGCGCAGGCGCUUGAGAAAGCUUGUAGGGGUCAAGGCGCAGCCGCAGGAAGCUAGGGACUUUUCAUCCAUUGGUGUUUGUGUGCAAACUAAGAAGACUCUGUUCUGCGCAGGCGUGUUGGGGGUGCUCCCCCUUCCUCUCCAUAACACAGACGCCUCCCGCGCAGGCGUAUUGCCUUCCGCAGGCCCUCACAAGAAAGCUGCUCCUUUCGCCAUUUUGGUAAUGGGAUAUGGGCUAUCAUGCCCUUGGAGUCCUCAGGCAUGAACAGAAAGGAGCAAGGUGUGGUGUUGGAUGGAGCUGGUCGCCUGUCGGUGACAGCAGUAUUCCUAGGGAUGUUGUACUGGACCGUUUGGUUCUAGCAUCAGGUGUGGCUGGACCAGGCCACCAUAUUGGUAAAGAGAAAAGCCAUUUGAGACAGAAAAUGACGCUUUUGGAGGCGUGUUGGAUGACUGUGGUUCCUAAUUCUCUCCCGCUCCUGACAGAUAAUUUUAUCAGUUAAUUGUAUCCUGAGCAUCCCUGCCUUGAGUGGUGGUGGCACUGGAGAGUUCCGCCUGCCCGUUACCACCCUCUCUUCACCACUGUCCCUGAGAUCCGCUCUUCAAGAGGGAGCCUAAAGUGGAGAGUUUGUAAUCCUGACAACGCCCAGCUACCUGCGUACCCCGGACUCCAACUCCCAGUUUGCAAUGCCAAAGGGUCUAAAGGGCGAACGGGGGCGCAUUGCAUCCUGGGAGCAAGAAUCGCGAUAGGUCUGAUGGAUUGUGGGAACUGUAGUUCCAUGUGCGUGCGAUGCACUCUAUGGUAGGAUAGACCCGGGGAAGAGUCAUUUGCCGGCCAGGAAGGGAUACUUUUGAGAGCGUCGGUGCUGCAUGCCGGGAUUUGUAGUCUGAGGGCCCGCCUCGCAUUCUGGGCGGGGAUUCAUGCUCCUUUUCAGGGCGCCCGCUCCUCCCCUUGGUAUUGCCGUCAGAGAUGGGCGGUUGGUUAUUGCUGCCUGAUGGUGGAUGAAGCAGUGGAAAAGAGAACUGUAUCGUUGUGCUUGACACUAGGGGUUUAGUUGGAAUUGUUGCUUCGUAGCUGUGCUCGGCCCACUUUUAAUGUUAAGGGACACAGCAUUCUCAGAGUCGUCAAACUAGCAAGGGUUUAGAGACCGUCUGAUUUAAUCCCCUCGUUUCCAGAUGCACAGGGAGGCGCAGUGAUUUGCCUAGGUCACAUAGUGCAUUUAUGGCAGAACUAAGAAUUGGAUUUCUUGAUUCUCAAGCCAGACACUGUCCAUUACACUAUGUCGACUGUGUCUAAGGAAUUACUAUGCUUGCUUUGGGGACAGUAAGGAGGAUGAGUUAGAUAGAGUGGGGAUGUCAGUGUAUGGAGUCUUAGGUUUCUGUUUUCCUGACUUUUCGCUUUUCUGAUGACCCUCUUGGUGCCUGGAAAGAAUGAUAAGGUCAUGGAUGGUGGGGUGGAGAAUGUCAUGUGAAUUGGCUGCUCUCUGCUUUCUACCAUUCUGAGCCAACAAUAAACUUCAGGAGCUGUGGACCAGAGAUGUGGCCGUCAGAGAGGGGAGGGCUGAGCUAGAUUGUUUGUAUGAAAGAGGCAAGAUUUUCUAUCUCCUAUGGCUAUAUUUUAUGUCACAGGCUCUCAGAGUUUAGAACCUCAUGUGCCCUCUCUCUUUGGCUUUUUUUCCUACUGCUCAGGGCCCAGCUGUGCUGCUGUGUUAACCUGGAGGCAUUAUGGAACAGUUCUUUCUACCACACUCCCGAGGAAGCUCCCAUGGACAAAGCCGGAUAAUCCGAAAGGCGUACCUGGAAGACUUUUACACCCGGAUGAUGCAUGAGUGCUAUCAGAUAUGGGCCCAGCUGGAGCACGACGCUGGAACCCAAUUGCACAGGCAGACUGGAUUACUGCUGCUGGGAAUGAAAGAGAAUCAAGAAUUAAAGACAAUCCAGGCCAAUCUGUCGAGGCAGAGGGUAGAACACCAGUGUCUCUCAUCUGAGGAACUGAAGCAACGUUUCCCAAAUAUUCGGUUGCCCAGGGGAGAAGUGGGGCUCUUGGACAAUUCCGGAGGAGUUAUCUAUGCAUACAAGGCCCUCAGAGCCCUGCAGGAUGCAAUUCGACAGCUAGGAGGCAUAGUGCGUGACGGAGAGAAGGUGGUGGAGAUAAACCCAGGGCUACUUGUCACGGUGAAAACCACCUCCAGGAGCUACCAAGCUAAGAGCUUGGUCAUCACAGCAGGUCCUUGGACCAACCAGCUCCUCCGUCCCCUGGGCAUUGAGCUGCCUCUCCAGACCCUGCGGAUCAACGUGUGUUACUGGCGAGAGAUGGUUCCUGGGAGCUAUGGUGUGUCCCAGGCCUUUCCGUGCUUCCUGUGGCUGGGCUUGUGUCCCCACCACAUCUACGGACUGCCCACAGGAGAGUACCCAGGGCUGAUGAAGGUCAGCUAUCACCACGGCAACCACGCAGACCCUGAGGAGCGGGACUGCCCCACAGCACGCACAGACAUCGGAGACGUCCAGAUCCUGAGCAGCUUUGUCAGAGAUCACUUACCUGAUCUGAAGCCCGAGCCUGCUGUCAUUGAGAGCUGCAUGUACACGAAUACCCCUGAUGAACAGUUCAUUCUCGAUCGCCACCCAAAGUAUGACAACAUUGUAAUUGGUGCUGGAUUCUCUGCCGUUUCCCGAGCCUGGGCAAAGCCCACCUUUGACCUCUGGCCAGAAGCCUCCCUUCUGUGCACAGGAGCCGGUUUCACAGAUGGAGAAGAUGCCUCAGAUGAAGGGAGUGUCCCUGAAAUGUCAUCCUUUUCUUCUGCCUCGCCUGAAUCCCCCAUAAACACCAGAUGAUUGAGUCUACCUUCUUUCCUUGGCCAGCUCCCUUUUUCUUGGGCCUCGCUUGAAUCCCCCGUAAACACCAGACGAUUGAGUCUACCUUCUUUUCUUGGCCACCUCCCCAUUCACAACUACUUUCUCGCUCCCAGAAGGUUGAUCAGAUAUUCUACAAUCACAGAGUAGCAAGGACCUUUGAGAUGGGUAUAUCAGUAAGAAGAGGGCACAAGAACUGGCUCUGGAGACCAAAGCAGUUGUUAAAAAUUCUCUUUGCUGGAGGCCGGGUGUGGUGGCUCACACCUGUAAUCCUGGCACUUUGGGGGACUGAGACAGGCGGAUCAUCUGAGGCCAGGAGUUCAAGACCAGCCUGGCCAACAUGGUGAAACCCUGUCUCCACUAAAAAUACAAAAUUAGCCGGGUGUGGUGGCGCAUGCCUGGAAUCCCAGCUACUUGGGAGACUGAGGCAAGAGAAUCACUUGAACCCGGGAGGUGGAGGUUGCAGUGAGCCGAGAUUGCGCCAUUGCACUCCAGCCUGGGCAACAAGAGUGAGACUCUGUCUCAAAAAAAACAAAACGAAAAAAAACAACCUCUUUGCUGGUAUAUUUGAAGAGCUUGGGAUGGAUUCGACUAAAUCUGCCCCGAGGAGGGUGAACAAGAUGAUCUCAGAGAUCACUACUGCUCUUGGAGUUCCUUUUCCUAAAGCUAAGGCCAGCCUCCAUCACAAAUGCCCAUAAAAUCUGGCUCGUCUUUGAUGAACAAUAAAUAUUUGUUGAACAAAUAAAUAACUGCCCUGCAUUAA